CAUUCCCGGUUGGACGGCGGGCCAGCGUGCUUCGCCGCCUACGACCUGCGCACCGUCGACGUCGGCGUGUUCCGGCAGCAAGUCCUUGCAGUGGCUUUUGGGAGCGCCGGUCCACCUUCGAGCAGUGGCUUCUGGUUCUCUGCUCCUCGGUGGUCCUGAUGACCUGCAUAACGCUGACCUACACUUUCUACUACGCGCGUGAGUACGGGAAAGCUGAACGGCUCAAGCAGGUUGGCAUCGAGUACUACGACUGCCAGGCGCAGGCGUGCAAGGACGCAGCCAUCGAGCUCAAAGACACUCUCAACUUAAACCGGGACCCGUGCAAGAACUUCUACGAGUACGCGUGCAGCCUCUGGCCCAGCCGGUACCCUGUACCUGAUGACAUGGGCCACUAUUCGGUUCACGAUUUCGUCCGAGAUGAAGUCACCAAGAAGGUUUUCGCGACUCUGCGCAAGGGGCCGCUGGAGCAGCGGCUGCGGGACGAGACGUCGGCGAUGCGGCUCUUCUACAGCUGCCAUGACAUGCGUAGCCGCCAGCAGGAGGCACUGCGGCCACUGACGCUCCUGAUGCGCAGCCUGUCGCUGAGCGAGUGGCCGUACGAGUUGGGUGAGCGGCUGCCACGCGCGCGCUUCGUGCUGCAGAGGCUCAGCGUCGACUAUGCACUGCCCUUCUUCGUGUCGCUGCGGGUCGAGCCGGACCCGAGAGACGCACACGUCAACUUGCUCAGCGUCGACCUGGCUCAGCCCUUGCUGCACUUGGUGGCGGCCGACGACGCGUUGCUGGUCGCGCAUGCCGCUUACAUACGUCGCAGCAUGGCGCUGAUGGGCGCGCAGGACAUGGCUGCGGCUGUGGCCACCGAUGUGCAUGACUACGAGUUCGCCCUGGCUGAGCUUUCCAAGUACCAGACUCUGCGGGAGCUGACGGAAUUCAGCAGCGACAACAUCGUUGCUCUGGACAAGCUCCAGCAAGGGCCCACAUUGGAACUCCUGGCGGGCAUCGUGCGCCAAGUGCACGAGCGUGGCGGCGUGGCUGCGCGAUGCGACGAGGAGCUGCUGGUGUGGAACGCCAGCAUCUUCCAGACGCUGGACAAGUUCCUCGCCUCAGAAAACCGGCGCAUGCUUCUCAAUUACCUGGGCUGGCGGGUGGUGGCGCUGCUGGGUCCGGCCACCACUGUGGAGAUGAUGAACGCCCGUCACUCGUUCUACAUGGCCAAGUUUGGUGCCGAGGAUCAGCCGCAGCUUCUGGGCUUCUGCUUCGAGCAGGCGGCCCGGAUGCUGCCCGUGGCCGUCGGUCGCAUGGCGUUGCGUGCCGUGGGCGGCGCCGAUUCCGCGCAGCGGCUCGUAUCGCGGAUGGUAGAAGAGAUUAGGGCCUCGCUGUUGCUCUUGCUCAAAGGAAGCGACGUCAGCUGGCUCAACGAGCAGUCCAAGGAGGUGGCCAUAGCAAAGAUCAGGCGGCUGAGGCUAAUUCAGCAGCCGGUGAACAGCACGGCGCUCGAGUGGGAGCCCCCGCAGUGUGGAAGCUGA